AACUUAAAUGAGAAUCAAAAGUGGGAUUUUUAUUUCAAAUUGUGACUUGCGAUUUAGUAGAAUAAACACCGGAAAGAAGUAACACAAUAUGAUGAUGCACGCGUUUGCGUUGAAUGUUUGUUGAUAGAUUAAUUUUUAUUAUAUCAAACGUUGUUCUGUUAUUUUUAUUUGAAUAACUAUUAUCGUAUCAGGUAGCCACCCAUGUAUUUAGAUGUGUUUAGAGGAAUGCAUUUAGGGGAAAUACUCAUCCGUAAGGUAUAGCCAGGAACCAUUUACAUUUGCGUUGUGGAUGGUAGGCCCUAUUUAGGGGAAGGACAGGUAUUCAUAGAGCAAAACGUGAGUAUAUGCAUUAACAUUUUUGGCAUCAGUAGCUUGCUUUCAUGUGGUAUGUUUACUAUGAAUCCACAAGUUAUUUGAUUAAUUCUAUGGUUUAAAAGAAAUCACAGAUAAGAAAUAUAGUCUAAUCAUUAAAACUAACUGGAAUCGAUCAUCGAGUCUUGAUCACUGAAGAACUUACAAUGGAAAAGGAAUCUAAAGAAGAAAGUGAGGAGGGGCCAUCUGUGAACUAUGUGGUGGGAUCAGUGUCAAGCAGCUUGUUUCCCAAAAAGUCUGCACCCAAAUCCGGUUCAUUAUCUGCCCUGUUCAAAGCCGCACCUGUAGUUAACACUCUGCUGUUUGUUCCUGCUCCCAAGCCUGAAUCAAAAAGUGUUGAGGUGAAGGAGGAAGUUGCAGUUACAAUAGACCAGAACAAACAGCAACAAACGAAGAAGGCUGCAAAAGAAAAAUCGUCUGCUGACAUAAAGCUAGAAAGCAGAGAAAGUGCAUUACAAAAUGCUGAUGAAGAAGAACAGGUACUAAAGAAGCCCAAGAAGACUAAAAGGAAAGCUGUUGGAGAUGAGAUGGGAGAAGGAGGCGAUGCAGAAGAGGGGAUGCAGAAAAAAAAGAGGACUGGACCCCAAAUGGCAGAGGAGAGGAUAAAACUAAAACGAACAGUGUUUGUCGGCAACCUGCCUGCCAGCUGCACAAAGAAGACGCUACAACUCGUCUUCAAGGGUCACGGAGCCAUCGAGACCAUACGAUUUCGAUCAGUGGUGAGGGAGGAUCCAGGCAUGGCACGCAAAGUAGCUGCUAUUCAGCGUAAGGUUCACCCAAAGAAGCAGAGCAUCAAUGCCUACGUGGUGUUCAAAGAUGAGGAAGGUGCAGAGAAAGCAUUGGAAAGGAAUGGCAUGGAGAUUGAAAAGGACUUUCACAUCAGAGUGGACAAGGUCACCAAAAAUUUGGUGCACGAUCAUAAAAGGUCAAUAUUCAUUGGCAAUCUACCGUACGAUAUAACCGAGUUGCCGUUGCGACAGCACUUUGAGCAGUGUGGCAAGGUGGAAGGGGUGCGGUUGGUGAGAGACAAGGACUCUGGAAUGGGCAAGGGCUUCGGCUACAUCUUGUUUGAAAACAUCGACGCAGUCCAGCUGGCGUUGAAACUAGACAGCUCCAAAGUCCUAGGCAGGUCGAUUCGGGUGAAGAGGUCUGUGAAGAAAGAGAAAGACAAGAAGAAACUGGGGCCCAGAGGAAAGGGCCCAAAAAAAAACACAAACAAGCGCCCACGGAAGGAGGAAAGAGUGGCUACAGGGGCAGAGAAGAGGCCCACCAAGGGUGACUUCAAGAACAGACAGGGGCCAAGUGGCACCCAAAACAAAUCUGUGGGGAAGCAGUCAAGGAUGGGUCCCGAAAAGAAAACACGAAAGCCAUUCAAAAGAACACCAGACCGGCCUGCGAAAUCAACUACAGGUCCUUCUUUCAAAGGUGAAAUGGCUGACCCGAACAGCAAGAAAGCAAAGGCAAAAGCAUUGAAAAAGAAACUGAAACCCAGGAGAAGGAAUCAGGUCAUCCACAUUUGACAUGUUUUUAACAUUUAGAACAGUUGUGAAGGGGGAUUUUAGUUUCUGCUCUGAAAUCCACCUCCUGAGAGCUGGAUGGUGUCAAGUUUUUUGUUUUCUAAUUGGGGAGGGGCAGUCUUUACUUGCGGAGAUCUGAUGGUCGUAAGCAACAUAGCAGUUUCUAAGAAGUUUGAUUUAGGGGUGACAGUGUUCAUGUUGUACAGUUAACAGUCUCAGUGGAGCUUCAUCAGAGUGAGUUUUGUCAAUGUUGUUGAUACUGAGGAGGGCUGAGACCAACAUUGUCUUUUUAGAUAUCUGUAUUAUCAUAAAUCUGUGGACAAAAUCCUUUCAUUACUAUUCUGAGACCUCUAUAGUAAUCGGUCAUAAUAAACAUUCAAAUCACUCAC